GCUCCUCUCGCAGUCAGCACUGGGAACUGGAGCUGAGGAUUCGCACCAACACACGGAGAGCUCAGCCAAUAUUGACAGAGAGCUGCUUUCCGUGCAUCAAAUAUCACAGCGCAGGGAAACCAUUUCCGACCUAAAUACGAACGCGAGAACCGAAGAGUGAGGAACCAGCUCUGGGACUUCAGAAAUAAUAAGCACAGGCACAUUUGUUGAAUUGUGAGUGCGGGGAAUCAUAGUUUUACCUUGUGUGUAGACCGGAUCAAAAGAAACUAUUGCUUUGGAAUUCAUUGCGGUUUUUUAAUUUGAAAAAGUUUCGUCCUUUUUCUUUUUUGAUUUUCCAGACAAUGUCGUCUUUAAACUGGAUUAACGAGGAUGAUGACGCUAGUGAGUUAAUGCGUGGAGUGUGUGGGGUCCUGUUUUAUCUAAAGAUCUGAAAGUUAUUUUAUCGAAAGAUACCCGUUUUAGUUAAUACCAUUUGUAUUGGAACCAGGCUAGCUUAAAUGCAUUAUUAAUAGUUACGAAUAAGUAGUUCGAGUUCGAGUCAACACAAGAAUUUCUUUGUAUUUUACAAAAACAGGUAAUUUCCACGCUGAGCAAAGCAACGGGACGCGCAAUAGCUCCAGUGCUGCACACUUUACAAACCCCUUUCAGAAAAGGAAACGCUGAAAAUCUACUUGCAUUUUGCUUAUUAUUAAUUUGGAGGACAUUAUGAUUUUGUGUAACACCAGUGCCAUCAAAGACUGGAGCUAUUUCCUCUCUCAGAUAUUACCGCUUGUUAACAGAACAGCGGGCCUUGUUCAUCAAAGUGUCAUCUCGGUGGAAGUCACCACCAGUUCCGUGGUGAGUGUCCUGGAACCAGACCGCAGCGGUUUCAUGCCAAACAGCCAGCCCGUGAACACCUCGAACUACACCACUGGACUCGAGCACCUGUUCCAGUACUCUUACUCGGAGAAUGAACUUCUGUAUACUGACUACAAGCCCCCGGCCCGGGACGCCAUCCCGCUACCCAAAGCCGUGCUGUACUUAUUAAUGGCAGCGCUGGUCGUUGUGGUUGUAGUCUACGCCAUUGUGGGGCACCUCAUCAAGGACUUGGUCCAUGAAUUUGUGGACUGGAUAUGUGGUCCUAGUCCCGAUGACAACAGCAACAAGAGUGACGUGAACUGCAUCACAAACAGCAUGAACAAAAUGAAUGACAUCACUCACUACCCACAUCUGGAUGAAAUGAACCGAAUGGAUAGUAAUCAGACUGAAUACGACCUCAGAGCUGAUCAGCUGAUCAUCACUAUUGACGAGACUUCACAGUUACCCCGGGGAGAGGCGUGCAGCGGCACUUAAACCCACCGCAGUUUCUGUAUAAUAAUACUCUUUCACUCAACAGCUUUUGUUUGUCUCGGGAUACUGCAACAACCCGACCUAUUGGGCAGCUGCGGAUCAUUUCUUGUUUUAAUACAGGGAGAAGUUCAAGGAUAAUGCGUUGCACGGGAUGCAUUACUGCAAAGAUUUAGCAAAAGCUACACUGCUGUUCUGGAUCGUGGAGAGGAAAAAUUGUCAAUUCUGUGCACUGAUGCUUUAUGGACUUGUAUUGUAACUGUAAACCAAUACAAAUUAAAAAAUGCUUUAAUUUUACCUUCACAGUGGACUUAUAAACAGAACUAUUGAUCAGAUAUGCACACACUUGAAUAAU